UUAAACUAGGCUUACUUUCCAUUCACCACAAGGAUGAUCAGCUACUUGAAGGUCUUUCUGUUGGCAGCCCUUCUGAUCCUCAACAUAGAUUCUGGCUGGUCUCAGUUUAGAAAAUGCGCCAUGGGGCGGGGAUACUGUGCAUCAGUUCGCGCCCGUUGCAAGGAGAUAGGAAAUCGUGCGGAAUGUAGGCCGAAGGAAAAGUGCUGCCAGAGGUAGUUCCUCCAGUUCGUACUACGUUUUGACCAAGAUGAUGCCUUCUUCCUCUCCUAUUUAAAAUAAAAAGCUUACUUAAA